GAAGCUUUACUUGCGGGCAAAAAUGGAGCUCUCGCUAAAGGUAUGUGGAGUUCAGGUACACGGAAAACUAGUUGUGUGUAUGUCUGUCCCUGUGUGUGUGCAUUACUCUGAUAACUUUGCAUGUAAGAAUGUAUCUGUUCAUUUCCACCAGGUUUUAACAUCCUAUGUGGGAAUGACCAAACCCACAAUGAUUAAAGUGGGUAACUCUUACAAGUGCACACUAUGCAAGAAGGCAGGGGACUACGCAUCUCUUGUGCCCCACAUUCAGACCCAUUCAAGAAACGUCCUCACGUAUAAAGGAAUACAAAUUUACAAAUGUGGUUUGGAAUGCAGUGACGUUCCACACUACCACUGUUGCUUUUGUAACAAAAAUGUCGGCAAUAAAAACUUAUUCGUAAGGCACCUGAAAAGAUGUGAGGAAUAUUGCGCUCAUAACGUGGUGCCCAAACAGACUUGUUCUGGUGAACACAACACUGCCCAGACCACAGUUAACGACCAGGUCUCUUCGUCUCAGCAAUCCGCUAAAGCCUCUUCCAUGGGCACUUCAACAACACACAUUGUGUUGCAGACCAUAUCCGGACCCUCGCUGCUGCAAACCGUAACUACGCCUGUCAGGUUGCAAGGCACAGCCGCCCCUUUGUGGCUACAAACGACACGUUUGCCUCUGCAAAACUCAACAGCGACUCCCCUGCUGCUUCAGACCACAACAACAACAACGACAUCCUCGGCUAAGCAAACCUCAACAGCUAGGUCCUCACUUCAGGACACGUCGACAACUACAUUCACUCUUCAGAAAACCCCAACAAGCACAUCCUCACAGGAUGAAGUACCAACAACCACAUCAUCUCCACCGCAAACCCCAACAACCACAGUCUCUGAACUGCAAACCCCAACCACUGCCCCUCUGGAGCUGGAAACCCUAACAAACACAUCUUCUCUACUGCAAACCCCAAUAACCACAUCCUCCCUCCAGCAAACCAACACAACCACACCGCCUCUGCCGCAAAACACAGCGUCACCACUCUCACCGCUGCAAUCCACAACCGCACCAUCGUGGCAGCAAUCCACGGUCACAACUUCCUCUUCAGAGUUAACUCCAACAGCUACACCCUCUGAACUAGAGACAUCAUUGGCCGAUUCCACACCCUCUGAAUCUAACCUGCUGCAAACCACACUCCCAGCUUCCCCGUCAUUCUCGACAGUAACUAGAACGUCCAUGGCACCUCACCCAGAAGCAAUAUCCCCCUCGUCGCCGUCACAAAGCUCAUCUCCACCUGGGUCCAAAGAGCAAAGGCCAAGAAUUAAAUGUCCGCACUGUCCCAUGGUUCUCUUUAAACGCAAUCUGAAGGUCCACAUAGCCCGACACCACAAGGACAUACCAGCGGACCCCAAAGUCAGGUUUCACCUCAGGAGUGUUUGCGUGGACGCUAAGAACGGGAUUCUGGCGGUCCAGAGACACGCUCACGGCUUCCUGGCACCGGUGCACGCCCAGAGGAAGGUCUACGGCGGCCAGGUGGUCCGCUGCGACUUGAAAGAGUGCCAGCAGUACCAGCAGAUGGCCCAGCGCCACGGACUGACCGUCAGCCACUGUCAACACACCCGCUCCCUGGAGUACUGCACGGAAACGGCAGCCGAUGAGUCCCUGGAACCGGAAGUCCUCGACGAAAUGGUCACCCUCAAGUUCUUCAGUGAAGCCAAGCGGGCGAUGUGCCUGAGGAGGCAGAAGAUGGCCCAGGCUGCAAAGGUACCCUUCGCCGUGCUCGUGGAUCUCGGCGGGUCACCGCGACAGAUGUUCGUGUCCGUCCACGAGCCCAAAACAAACAAUUUCAGCUGUCUGGGAAGGGUGAUGGUAAGCUACAACAUAGAUCGGAAUGCGUGGCACUGUCCAUGCACAAAGCCACACAUGUCUUGUCUCCAUAAAAACAUUGCAAAAUGGCACAUCUUUCAGACAAACCGGGACUUAUUCAAGACUUCGGCGUCUUCCUCCAGGGACACAUCUGGGUCAUGGAACAUGGAAUAUACCAAUGGCAACAGUGCUUACUCAGCCAACAGUGACAUCAAACGGAGUGUUGAAUACAUUUAUGAUCAUAAAAGAAUCCCAGCAGAUCUGCCAGAGGACGUGACCAAUACGGUGUUUGAAUUCCCUUCGCAUUUGUUUCCGGUUGAGACGACGUGUGGCGUUUGUCCGCACAGCCCCGGCCUUGAAGAUGCAGAGAAUGUGACAGACCAAGGCAGGAUUGUCACCAUGAUAGGCGUGGCUGACAAUGUAUCCACCUACAUCAGGCGUUGUCCAGACUGUCAGAUGCUCUACAGAUACCAGGAGUGGCAGGACGGCCUCCACAACUUCGACAAUCACCUCAUCCUGAGCAUAGAACUCUGUCUCUAUCUCAGACAUAGUUUACAGAACCACAUCCCAGUAACCAGAGCCGUCAGGACACUGGAAAGCUUACGGAGGAUCCAGUUCCCACCCACUGAAGCCCUCCUCAACGCGUACUCCCACUUUGAGGCGAUGACCAGCUCAGAUGACAUGUACUCCUGUGCCAGUUAUGGCAGCCAGAGCAGCCCCGCUAUCAUCAUGGAUCUCCACAGGAAGGCUUUUCUGACCCUCCACUGGAGCUCAUAGGAGUGUGUCUGUGUCUGUGUCUGUCUGUGUGUGUGUGUGUGUGUGUUUGAGAGUGUGUGUGUGUGUGUGUGUGUGUGUUACCAAAGUGAAUACAUACGUGCGCUACAUGGUACUUCAAUGCUCUCAUGGUUCUCAAUGUUAAAGCCACAACAGGCAGCUUCUUCCACACACACAGUUAUUUUAUCCAUUCUUCCUGGCUCUUCCUAAUCUCACGCACUACAUAUUCCUUUAUGACACGUGGUGGUGCAGUGACGCAUGAUGCGCCUUUGACAAAUAAGUUUGGACCAAUUAGAUCCUAAGGAGACCAAGAUAGAUGAGGAGGGACACAAAGAGGGUACCCAAAAAAGGAAAAGGAAAUUAACAAUCUUGCCUGAUAUCGUGGCUGAUGCAGAUACCUAGCCGUAGUCAGUGCCUUUUUAUCUGUGUGUUUUUUGGGUGUAGCAGCAGCCAAGAUUGUUAAUAAGUCACAUUGUGCACCUUGGACACACAGAAGCUCCCUUUUAAUGUUUAGCAUAGAGAGGGCAGACAUAUUCUUAGGGGUCCGGAAAGAGUUUUGGGCCUGAGCAUUUCACUAGACUGCAGCUGUUCCGUGUGCUUUUGAUCUAUCGUUCCAACUGAUUGUUUAAGAACUUUAGUUUUUUCAUACUACCUCAAGAGUUGAGAAAAAAAUGCUUUUAUCUAUGAAGGUAUUGUGGUUUUGUGACUGACAGAUAUAGAUAUAUCUGAAAUGCUAUUAUUAUGACAAUUUAGACUAGAUGUUUGUCAACGCAUAUGCAUAUUUAUGUGUUCAUACAUUUUGAACCAUUUGAAAACAUUUUUGAUAAUGUUUUUCUGAAAGUUGAAAAGGAACCUGGUAUGCAGCUGUUACGUCUAGUAACUGUUCCCCAGUAAACUUUUAAAUGUUACUUUGAUAAUAUCAGCUUUCUUAAAUGACAAUCAUUGAGGAUGAAGUUAAUUCAAGAUAAUUCUUGUAUAUAUGAAUGAAAGAAGGAUUUGCAUACAAAUGUAUUCUUAAACAUUGAAGUUUAUUAGUUUGUAGGAAGUUUGGAUACAGUACUUUCUGUUUGCACUUAAAAAACAAGCAUCUGCUAGAGUCUAUAGCAUAGGCCCACUUACCACACAUUUCUCAAUCACACAUUACACAUUUCAUUUUAGGGGACGUGAACAUAUCCCUUCUAAAUAUUUCAUGAUUCUUUCCCAUGUGCUGGCACUUUCGUAAUUAAAGAACUAUUUUGAUCAA